AUGGCCUCCGCACUCCUCCGUCGUCAGCUAGGGCGGUCAACCCGUAACAUUGCCAGGCGUCAUAUCUCGACGACUAGCCCGGUUCUCGCGACUACGACCAGCUCUGGUGCAGAUACUUCGGGGGUUCCAGCUGGAGGGACUAAAGAUGUGUUCAGCUCGCAUACAGUGGAGGACUUGCACGGUAUGCCCGCGCACGAGAUCCUGAAAGAGACGGGUUCAAGAACAGAGAGACAGAUGAGGCAUUUUACUGUACAAACUUGCGUGAAUAGCCCCCAGCACCCAGCCGCUCACGGCGUGCUCCGUUUGAUCCUUGAGUUGAAUGGAGAAGAGAUUCUUCGUGCAGACCCGCAUGUCGGUUUGCUUCACCGCGGGACGGAGAAACUUAUUGAGUACAAGACUUACAUUCAAGCUUUACCAUAUUUCGAUCGCUUAGACUAUGUAUCGAUGAUGACGAACGAACUUUGUUAUUCCUUGGCUGUGGAGAAGCUCCUGAACAUCGAAGUUCCUGAGCGUGCAAAGUGGAUUCGUACUAUGUUCGGGGAGAUCACUCGAAUCCUGAACCAUUUGAUGGCUGUCCUUUCGCAUGCCAUGGACGUCGGUGCACUGACGCCUUUCCUGUGGGGUUUUGAGGAGCGUGAAAAGCUCAUGGAGUUCUACGAGCGUGUGUCUGGUGCUCGUCUGCAUGCUGCAUACGUCCGCCCAGGCGGUGUCGCGUUUGAUAUUCCGCAUGGACUUCUGAAUGACAUCUUCCAAUGGGCCACCCAGUUUGGCUCUCGUGUCGAUGAAAUCGAGGAAGUCAUCACCGGAAACCGAAUCUGGAAGGAGCGCACAAUCGGCAUCGGCAAGGUCACCGCCAAACAGGCCAUGGAUUACAGCUUUUCUGGUGUCAUGCUUCGAGGAAGCGGAGUUCCGUGGGAUUUGAGGAAGGUCGCGCCGUACGACAAGUACGAUGAGGUUGAGUUUGAUGUGCCCGUCGGCAAGAACGGCGACUGCUAUGAUCGCUACCUCUGUCGCGUCCAGGAAUUCCGAGAGAGUUUGCGUAUUAUUCACCAGUGUCUGAACAAAAUGCCGACCGGUGCUAUCAAGGUUGACGACCAUAAGCUUGUACCCCCUCCUCGGGCCAUGAUGAAGGAGAGUAUGGAGUCCCUUAUCCACCAUUUCAAGCUUUUCAGCGAAGGCUACUCCGUGCCACCCGGUGAGACGUACUCUGCCAUCGAAGCUCCGAAAGGAGAGAUGGGUGUUUACCUCGUCUCGGACGGCACGAAUCGUCCGUACCGGUGUAGUAUCCGUGCCCCCGGUUUCGCUCAUUUGGCUGGUGCGGAUAUGAUGAUGCGGAGUAAGUUUUGUCACUACAUCGCCGAUGCUGUCGCUAUCAUUGGAACUAUGGUAAGUCGUCGUUAUUAUCGUCGCCCUGCAGGGUUUACUGAGUGCUGCAUCAGGAUCUCGUGUUCGGGUAAGUGGCUUUCCAUAGCGGAUCUUGCGGAUAAUGAUAUCUUCCUGGAACAUGUGUACUGA